GAGCGCGCAGUACCAUAGAGAUCGGAAAGGGGAGCGAGCGGCCGAGCCGGAAGGAAGCCCAAGAGCGAAGGCGGCGAGGCAAGAUGGCGGCGACCAAGAGGAAGCGGCGUGGAGGCUUGGCAGUUCAAGCGAAGAGACCAAAAAGAAGCGAAAAAGAUGCCAGGCCGCCGCCUAAGCAGCGUGAUAUGGCAGAGGAGGCGGAGAAUGAAGAGAGAAACCGUAUCCCAGGCCCCGUUUGCCAGGGCAAGUGGAAAAAUAAGGAACGGAUUCUCAUCUUUUCUUCCAGAGGAAUAAAUUUCAGAACAAGACAUUUAAUGCAAGACUUAAGAAUGUUGAUGCCUCAUUCUAAAGCAGACACUAAAAUGGAUCGUAAAGAUAAGUUAUUUGUGAUUAACGAGGUUUGUGAAAUGAAAAACUGCAAUAAAUGUAUCUAUUUUGAAGCUAAGAAGAAACAAGAUCUCUAUAUGUGGCUUUCAAAUUCACCUCAUGGACCAUCUGCUAAAUUCCUAGUUCAAAAUAUUCAUACCUUAGCUGAACUGAAGAUGACUGGAAACUGUUUGAAAGGUUCUCGGCCCCUUUUGUCUUUUGACCCUGCAUUUGAUGAAUUACCACAUAAUGCUUUGUUAAAAGAACUCUUAAUUCAGAUCUUUAGUACACCACGGUAUCAUCCUAAAAGCCAGCCAUUUGUGGACCACGUGUUUACUUUCACCAUUUUGGAUAAUAGGAUAUGGUUUCGGAACUUUCAGAUCAUAGAAGAAGAUGCUGCUCUUGUAGAAAUAGGACCUCGUUUUGUCUUAAAUCUCAUAAAAAUUUUCCAAGGAAGUUUUGGAGGACCAACUUUGUAUGAAAAUCCUCACUACCAGUCACCAAACAUGCAUCGGCGUGUCAUAAGAUCCAUCACAGCUGCAAAGUACAAAGAGAAACAGCAAGUUAAAGAGGUGCAGAAACUGAGAAAGAAAGAACCAAAGACUAUUCUUCCACAUGAUCCCACUGCAGAUGUUUUUGUCAUACCAGCUGAGGAAAAACCGAUAGAAAUACAGUGGGUCAAACCAGAGCCAAAAGUCGAUUUGAAAGCAAGAAAGAAAAAGGUUUACAAAAGGCAAAGAAAAAUGAAACAGAAGGUGAACAGGGGGAAUGCAAAAUGAAUCAAUGGAUAACUAAUUUGUUUUUCAGUUAUAUUUAUUUUGUAUUCAUUGUGUAAAUACUCUUAUUAUCCAGGAUUACCUUAUAUCUAAGUAGUGUAGCAUUUAAAAGGAAAAAAAAAUUACAAUCUUGUGGCUUCAGUGCUAUAUGUAUUUUUCUCAAUAAAAUAACACCAGAGGUCAUUAGUUAA